CAAAACGCCAAGUGCGUCUAACAUGUGGACCUGGGACGCAUGCAACAGAGAGCCCUAACCAUGAGGAGGAGCCGACACCGCGCAAAUAUGGGACUUCUAGUGCUUUUCCGAUGGCUUGUAUUCACAGUGGUGGUGCCCGCCUGGCUGCUUGCUGCUCCGAGUGGUGUCCGUGAGCGUCCCUGCCCCCAGAGCUGUAGAUGUGAUGGGAAAAUAAUAUACUGCGAAUCCAACGCCUUCCGUGACGUUCCAAGCAACGUUUCUGUGGGCACACAGGGCCUCUCCCUGCGUUACAACAGCCUUGUGAACCUCAGAGCCCACCAAUUUGCAGGCCUGAGUCAACUGGUUUGGCUCUACCUCGACCACAAUUACAUUAAUGCUGUGGACGGCCAGGCUUUCCAUGGGAUACGGAGGCUCAAAGAACUAAUUCUGAGCUCGAAUAAGAUUACACUGCUGAAAAACAACACUUUUCAUGACGUUCCAAAUUUACGUAAUCUAGACCUUUCCUACAAUAAACUGCAGGUUCUCCAGCCUAAUCAGUUUGUGGGUCUGCGGAAACUACUCAGUUUGCACUUGAGGUCAAACUCCCUUAAAACGGUCCCGAUGCGAGUUUUCCUUGACUGUCGCAACCUGGAGUUUCUUGAUAUUGGCUACAACAGGCUACGGAGCCUCACGCGUAAUGCUUUUGCAGGACUCCUCAAGCUCAUCGAGCUUCAUCUGGAGCACAACCAGUUCUCAAAGAUAAACUUUGCCCAUUUCCCCCGCCUGACUAACCUGCGGGCGCUCUAUUUGCAGUGGAACCGUAUCAAACUGCUGACCCAGGGCCUGCCGUGGAUGUGGACCUCCUUGCAAAAGCUGGACCUCUCGGGAAAUGAGCUCCAAGUGUUGGAUCCGAGCACAUUUCAAUGCCUCCCUAAUCUGCAGACUCUUAACCUGGACUCCAACAAGCUCAGCAAUGUGUCUCAGCAGGCAGUGGAGGCUUGGAUCUCACUCACCACCAUCAGUUUGGCUGGCAAUUUGUGGUACUGUAAUCCCAACAUAUGUCCCCUGGUGGCCUGGCUUAAAGCCUUUAAAGGUAACAAGGAGUCCAUGAUGAUCUGUGCAGGACCCAAAGAGGCACAAGGAGAGAAAGUGACUGACGUGGUGGAGACUUACAACAUCUGCACAGCGACACCGGCCCCUGUGCCCUCAACGACAUCGCCCCUCACUUCUGCUUUUCAACCCGAGCUUCUGCCUCUCCCUACACAAUCUGUGGUGGAUAAGAAGCUGAUCUGGAACAGAACAGCCUCCCCUACUCCCUCCGAGGCCUCCCCCACCAUCCCCUUGCCAGACACUGAGUAUGUGUCCUUCCACAAGAUCAUAGCAGGUAGCGUGGCCCUCCUCUUAUCUGUGGCUAUAAUUCUACUGGUAAUCUACGUCUCAUGGAAGCGCUAUCCCAGCAGCAUCAAACAGCUUCAGCAGCGCUCGGCGGUUAAAAAGCGCCAGAAAAAGUCACGGGAGACAGAGCGCUCCCUUAAUUCACCACUGCAAGAGUACUAUGUGGACUACAAGCCUUCACACUCAGAGACUAUGGAUGUGCUGGUUAAUGGGACAGGACCUUACACAUACACCAUCUCAGGCUCCAGGGAAUGCGAGAUACCGCGGCAGCUGAGUGCUCUGACGUUGUACAGGUGUGAGCAGUCGGUUCUGGAUUACUGCCAUGCCCACCUGUCGCUGCACCUUAACGUGGGCAUGGAGCCCCCAACUCAGGCACUGGGAGGUCCGAGGCCAGCCAAGUACCACCCGGGCCUAAUGGUUCCCCUCCCCUCCGAGCCCGUGCUGCCUUGCCCCCAGACCCACUCCCUCCACCAGUGAGCUGUGCACACUGUGAGGCUCUGUGUCUAAAGUACUCUAUGUGUGCUGCACAGAAUCAGUGGACCACUCAGAUGAAACACAAGGCUGUGUGGGAGGGAACUGGGACUGGUAAAGAAGCAAAGGAGACAAUUAAUCUACUGCAGAGCAUCCUGGACCCAGGGUAAUGAAAAUGAAAAUAUUUCUCAGUGGAAAUAAAGGGGUGCAGCGGUAUUGAUUAGUGAGCUUCUGACCUACCUGACCCUCAAUGUCCUCAAUUAGCAAAGGAGGCUGAACAGCAGCAUGACUUUCCACGUUCUGCUCUGCCUCUUGAGGAGUAUUAAGGCUAAUAAUUUAAUCAUUUGUUAAUCUUAUUAAACAUAUUUCCUCGACUGCUCCUCAUCUGGGCACCUCUCUGCUGUGUCAGGUAAAGUAAUCAAAUGCAAAAUGUUAUUAACAGAGUAGGGGGAAACAGCAUGAUAAGCAAUUGAGUAGCAGAACAAAUGAAAGAUCAGCCAAGCUAAAAGGUUUUCUGCUGCUUUUUCUGAUCACGCUGUCAGUCAGAGGUCUCUCUCUAACUCCAGUCCCUGUGGCGUUUUUCAUCUCGAGAAAUGAGCCACCCAAAUGAAAUUACCCGAGACAAGAGAAACAAGUCAGAAAAUAACGGACAGUAAUUGUCAUAUAAAAUGUACAGCCUACACAUCUUGCUGGCAGUAAGUAUAAUUUUCAUGGUGACUUUUGAUUUCCUUAAUGAUUUGGGAUGUUGAUCACGUUAUAAUUAAUUUAAUCGAGCUGAAACAGGCGAAAAAUAAACACCAGAUCUUGGCGCAGUGGGAUAUUUACUUUUCAUCAUCCAUUUAAAUCACUCUUGUAGUUAAAGGUUUUUGUUUUUGAAAUGUGUUCUUCAAACAGUUAUCUAAUUGUGCACUCAUAUAUCUACAUGUGUGUGCUCUUUACAAGAUGUUACAUUAUAAUAUAUGGUAAAUAAACUGUGGUAAAUGACCAGUAACAUUGUCAUUCAUCAAGGUCAGUGGCAUCUGUCUGCUGUAAACAGCUGCGUAGGUGGUUAAGACUGAAGAGCACAGCGCUGAAGGCAAGACUGAUUAAUUAUGUGUAUGGUUUCUGCCUUAGUGAUCAAGACCCCGAUGGUAACUUUCACUUGCUUUUCUCUCCUCCUGUGACUGUGUGUGACCGUUAUCUGACGUAAUACAGUAUACUCCACUCUCUGAACUCGCCUCAUGGACUUUUAUGUUGCUUCCAAGGGAGGAAAAUUCCUCCUGGGUAUAGACAGCAGCUCCAUGUUCUUUACACACAAGUAAUGUGCCAUGAAAAUGGUGAAAGCUAAAUGUAAUAUAAUUGGACAGUUUGUCAGCUAAGAAUUGACCGUUAGUUGAACCAGUCCCCCGAACAGCAAUUGUCCAGUCAUAGUUUAACAACCAUAAAAAAAAAGUUGCAGAGGGCCUGUCAAGCUUCAGAUCUCUCCAUGUUGAAAUGUUGUAUGUGGUGCUAAAACAGUGGUACUUUGUAUUUAAACAGCAAGCGGUUCAGUGUGUAGGAUUUAGAGGGAUAUAUUGGCAGAAAUGGAAUAUAAUAAUGUAGGCUGUUAUUUGGUGCAUAAUAGCCUGAAAAUAAGAACUGUUCAAGUUACCUUAUAAAGAGCCGUUUAUAUUUGCAUAGGGAGCAGAUCCUCGUCCACAAAGAUCACAAUGUUGCAUCGCCAUGUUUCCACAGUAGCCCAGAACGGAAAAACCAAACACCUGCUCAACAUAGGGCCAUUCUUAUUUUUGCAUUGGCCACUGUAGUUAGCAGCCCCUCCGCAACAAGAGCUUUGGAAAAAUCUUUUUUUUUUUAAUGUGAAACUGCUUUAUGCAGUGUUUUUACCAGUUUAAAUCACCUGGUGGGUUUGUUUGGAGAGGAAGAGACAUCUGUUCAUAAUUCGGCUCAUGUCUGGAUCUUAAGUUAUCAGAGAAAAAUAGGUGAGCACACAUUAGCAGAUGCGGAGCUAGCGACCAUUCACCAACAUGCCAAACAGAGACCUCUGUGAAUAAUUCCGCUCCCAGUAAAAACCUCCUGAACAAUAAAUUGGCCAAUUCAGCAUGUUUAAUCAGUGGCAGAGCUCAUUGGUGAAUUAAAUCACCUCUGAUUGGUAGUUCAGCUCAGUAAGAAGUCUGUAAAGUUGAGGUCAAGAGGGGGUAAGAUUGAAACCAACUUGUUAUAUGAGGUAAGAUUAUUUUUUGGGCAAUGAGCUCUUUAGCUGAAAGUGUUCUUGUUCCUUAGCACAUGGUAAAUAUCCUUUGUUCUUCACAUCAGAUUGUGUUAUUAAUGUGCUAAGUGGCUAACUAGCAUCUCAUAUCCAUCCUGUUGAAAGGAUUCCUUUUUAAUGACAAAUACAGACUACCGCCGCCUGCUGGUAUGGAGAGUUAUUUCCUCUCACGCACGGGGAACGUUAGGCAACGUGACAGUCAGUGUUUGUCACUGCUAGUUCUUUUGAUGUCGGUUUGGUGUGUCUGGGCCUCUAGACAAAAAAAGCCCCCUUCAUGAUCACCGAUUCACCGUAUAGUAUAUCACCACUGCAGGGCAGCCGGUCCUGGAUGCUGAAGUGUCGGAGUGUAGGGUAACGUUAGCAUGUCUGUCCUGCUUCUUUGGUGCUGUUGGAUUUGGGGACAUUGCAACCCCUGCAAAACUACAAGAGAUAGCAAUAUGUUCAGCUAACACACUCAUGUGAAAGCAACAUUCUCUUGCAACAUUAAAAGUGAAACAUAUUCAAAUAUACAGACAGUAAAGCAUGAGCCUAAAUGUAGCCUCUGUCUUGUUUGUCCAAGUGUGUAAACUAAUCAGCCAAACAGGGUUAUAUAAGAAAUAAAAAAAAGACAAAAGUAAGAUCAGACUGUCAUCAUGCUACCUGAUGUUUUAAUAGGCCUGUAGCUGAGACUAGGACCAACUAGCUCUACUCUGCAAUACCAGAACAAUGCUGUUUGAUUUUUUCCAUCUCUUUUACAUUGAUUCUCAGCUGGUAAAGACACUGGAUUUUUGCCUGGGACAUGCAGCUUUAGCCUCAGUCUUUAAUAUCAUGCAGCCAUCAAAUUAAUAUUUAAUAUGUUAUUUCGCUUCACAAAAAGUCAGCUGGAGACGGCAUUGUCAGUCAAUUAAUGGAGCAAACGUUUUAUUUUGAAGCUUAAUUAGCUAGCUAGCUACAGGUGAUAUAAUCUGCCAGCCAGAGUUGUCAUUUCAGCUGGGAAAAUUGAUAGUCAGCAGCUUGAAAUGAGAAGCUUCUUUUGUGUACCACUGUGUGAAAUCUAGAGCCCAUUGAUUCAAAAAUUACCAAGAGUUUCUACUGGUAGAUAGUUCCUGGUUUCAUCAUGCUGAGCGAGAACAGAGAGCUUGACAGGCGCAGCAACGGUAACCACAGGGGGCAGGGCUUAGCAAGCGGUCAAUUGUAUGUCGCUGAGUGGAUUUUUACAAUAUUGAUUUGAUAAACAAAAGGCUUUUAAACAUGUGACAUAUGUUAAAUUGUUCUUAGAAAAUGACAUAUUUAUUAUACACUUGCUUAUUAUGGGUUUUUAUUUUUUACAGAAAAUGAUAUUUUCCUUGUAUUUCCUUGUUUUGAUUUGUUUUUUGUUCAGUGGGACGUAAUAUGCCCAGGGAUGUACAAUAUUCUGUCAUAUUCCAAAAUCAUUAUAGAAAGUGUGCCCAUCUCCAGUCAUGUAUAAGCUGUAAUCUGAAUAUUUUAAAAGCUGAUUGUAUAAAAUCAGUCAUCCGACAUCAUAAUCACAAAUGAAUGACGCAUUGAUUGUGUACAACUGCACACUUGUAUGUCAGAUUUUCAAUGAUUCCUCAAUAACAGACAUUUUGCAAAUGCUCCGCCUGGUGUUCCUCUGUAAAAAGAGAAAAAAAAAAAAAACAGGCAGUGCAGAAGAUAUAUCUGCUUAUGACAACACGUCCUGACACAUGACAGAGUCACGCUGCCGGAGGAUUUACUGCUCUGUAGUCACAGUCACAGAACAGUUUAACGACACUGAUAGAUUGCAUAUACUGCACUCGCUUCAAGUGUUCAGAAGAGUGUUGGGUGAGAGAAUCAGGACAGGGAGGAGCGGCAGAUGCUACAGAGCGGCAUUCAGACUUAUGUGUUCACAUGCAUUUACACUAACAGGCUGAUGACUCAUGAUACUUCAAUCGAUAACCACUUCUGGAGCAGUUGUGUCUCUACAACUUUACCCACAUACUAGGAAUAA